AUGAGUGAAGAGAAGACAGCAAUCGUGAGUUCAUCGAAGUCUGUGACUGAAGGGACGACGUCUCCUUAUUAUCUCGCCCCCGCCGAUAAUCCAGGAACGUGUAUUACUCCUUUGGAGAACGCACUUAGAGCCAAACGAAAGUUCAGGUUCAUCAAUGGUAGUUUGAAGAUUCCUGACGAGAAGGAGAAUCCGGUGGAGAUAGAGAUGUGGAGAACAACAAACUCGAUGAUAGUAGGGUGGAUAAGGGCGUCCAUCUCACCUACCAUACGAUCAACAAUGCCCUUCUCCCCUGAUGCAUGCAAGAUGUGGAACGAGCUUAAGAAGCGCCUCUCGGUGGGAAGUGGAGUUCGUGUUCAUCAACUCAAGUCUGAGUUGGCUGCGUGUAAGCAGGAAGGUUCGAGUGUGAUGGAGUACUUUGGGAGGUUAUCUAAGAAGUGGGAAGAGCUGUUGUGUUGUAAACCUCUCCCAUUGUGUACUUGUGCAGCAUCAGAGGUGUAUGCCAAGGAGUAUGAAGAAGAGAAGGUACACCAGUUUCUUAUGGGGUUGGAUGAAGCGAGAUACGAUAAUGUUGUUACGACACUUAUCGGAUCAGAGAUGUUGCCUGAUCUCAAUACGGUGUAUCAACGUGUAGUACGUGAGGAGAAUAGGAUUGGUGUGUCUCACGUUGAGUCAAAAGAAGCACCAGUCGGGUUCAAUGUGAAGGUAGGAGGUGAGGAGUCUUCGCCAGGAGGUAUCAUGGCUGUUGUUGCACGAGGACGUAGUGGUGUUGUGUGUGAUCACUGCGGGAGAUCUGGUCAUGAGAAGAAGGAGUGUUGGCAGCUCAUUGGUUUCCCAGAAUGGUUUAACGAGCGCAAUCAGUCAGGUGGGAGAGGCAGCAGAGGCAGAGGCCGAGGAAGAACUAACAGCUCCAGAGCCAAUGCAAUGCAAGUGUCCGCAGCUUCUACAAAUGCGAACAGUCAGACCUCAGGUUUUCCACCGCUAAGUGCCGAGCAACGGGCGUCACUUGCCUCAUUUCUGGAGCGCCAGAAGCAGUCCCCAAUACCCGACAAGUUGAAUGGUAAUGUGCAAACGGGUGAAGUUAUUAUAGAUACUGGAGCAUCGCAUCAAAUGACAGGAGAUAUCACUUUACUUAGUGAGGUUCACAGUGUGAUACCUCGUCCUAUGAGUUUUGCGGAUGGUAGUCAUACUAUGGCAACAAAGUGUGGUAGCUUAAUGUUGUCAGAGAAACUCACGUUGUUGAAUGUUCUCUAUGUUCAAAAUUUGAAUUGUACUUUACUUUCAGUUGCGAAGUUGCUUCGGCAAACUGGAUGUCUUGCGGUGUUUUCUGAUACUCUAUGUGUAUUACAGGACCGUUUUACGAAGACUCUGAUUGGAGCCGGUGAAGUGAAAGAUGGUGUUUAUGUUUAUCGUGAUGUGACAGUCACGAGAGGUCAUCGAGUCAAGGCAUCGGAAGAUCAGACUUUGUGGCAUCGUCAGCUGGGACAUCCCACAUUUGGUGUUUUGAGUUAUUUGCCUCUUAUUUCUGGUGUUAAAGACGUCUCAACCAAAUUUGGUGGAUGCGAUAUUUGUUUUCAGUCUAAACAGACUAGAGAGUUGUUUUCAUAA